GCUCCACAUGUAUGAAAUCCGUGAAUGGAAAAUGGAUCACUUGAAGGUCAAUGAUGGGAAUUCCACUGCAUGCCCUCCACGCAAGAGGACUUAGAGGAGGCAGCCUUCAAGUGAAGCAAGUGUGGGGAACAAUGCAAGUUCUCCGACAGUCAUGGCUUGGCCAUCUGCCGAAACCUGAGGGCAUACCGGAUAUUUGACAUUCGCAAGGAAGUGUUUCUUGAAAAAAAAAAUAACUCUUUAACAAGUUGCAAUCAAUUCAAACACUGAGUUUUCAUCCUGCUAUUAUGAUUGAUUCUUUGCUCACUCGGUGACACAUUCCUGAGUAUUCAUUUUACAAGUUUUCAUCCUAUUUUUGGCCUGGUUUUAAAUCACUGUUGUGAGUUUAACAUUGUCCAAGUUCAGGUCAGACCAGGCCUACAGGUAUCAUAGUGUCUUUUGAUAAUUAAAUGAUACAUUAAACAGCUUCCAACGUCUCUCUAAAUUCUUGAUGAGAUACCCUUCUUUCUCCUGUAAAUUGUGUUUAUUCUGAUUUUUAUUUUUAUUUUCUUUUUCUUUUGUUUUUAUUUAUUUUCUCUUCCUCCCUUUCUUUAACUACAGCAGGACAUUGAAAUCCCCUUCUUCAUCGGAUUGCAAUUUCAGGGAUUCAGUGCUGAAUGCUUUGAAUGGCCAUUCCGACCAUGGCCGAAUAGAAAUAAAGAAAAUUCUUCCCAAAAUCUCCUUCACACUUUCUCUGCAAAUGCGUUCAAAGUUGCUUCUUUUAUCACAGCAUUACACUUUCAGUAUUUCAGAUUUGUUUCAGGUUUGGAGAUAUGGUGCAACAGAUGAAAAUUUAUUAAGAAAUAUACGUUAUAGUGCUUUGGAGCAGACAAGUUGAUGUCCAGACACUAGAGGGUCAAAUGGAAACAGAAGUUAUGGUAGCGGGCAGUAUAGACGGCUCCAUGUAUCAGGGUUGGGUGACCUAAACAUGCCAUACUUCUUGCAACUUGCUGUCAAUUUAACACGGAGGGGUAUCUUCUAAGGCUUCCUCUUCUAGAAUGUUGGGUGGUAAGAAAAAAAUACUGUGCUUGUUUCGCCACCAUCUAUUUAUUUGUAUAGUCUCAAAACUGCAUAUGCUUAUUGAUGCUGUCACUGAGAGUUAUAACAAAUAUUUCUUUGGGGACGUUGGGAGAGAAAUAUAUGAUUUCUUUUGGGGUGAUUUUGCUGACUGGUAUAUUGAAGCCAGUAAAGCUACCAUUUACCACUCUGGAGAUGAUUCAGUUGCUUUGGUAGCUCAGACAGUUCUACUCUACAUUUUCGAGCAUAUACUGAAAUUAUUACAUCCAUUCAUGCCAUUUGUAACUGAGGAACUGUGGCAGGCACUACCCAAUCGGAGAGAGGCUCUUAUAAUAUCUUCCUGGCCACAAACUUCUCUUCCCAGGAGUACUGAUUUGGUAAAAAGAUUUGAAAAUUUACAAGCUCUGACUCGAGCAGUCCGGAAUGCUAGAGCUGAGUAUUCUGUUGAGCCAGCAAAGCGCAUAACUGCUUCUAUUGUUGGUAGUGAAGAAGUCAUUCAGUAUAUAUCUGAAGAGAAGGAGGUUUUGGCUCUCUUAUCCAAGCUAGAUUUUGACAAUAUUCAUUUCGCUGAUUCUCCUCCAGAGGAUGCAAAACAAUCAGUUCACCUUAUUGCAAGUGAAGGACUGGAGGCAUAUCUUCCCCUUGCUGAUAUGGUUGAUAUUUCUGCUGAAGUGCAAUGCCUUAGCAAGCGCCUAUCAAAGAUGCAAACGGAGUAUGAGGGACUUAAAGCUCGCCUCAACUCUCCUAAAAAAACGAAGGUUUCUCUUUUGUGGAUGUCGGCCAUUCAUAUCUACCCAAGUGGAGGCAGAGGUCAAGAUAUGAAAUAUGAUCGAGAAAGAUCCAGAGGCCGUAGCGGCAGUGGCAGCAAGGACAAAAUUGAUGCUCUUGGUCGACUCUUGACACGAACUCUGCGACAAAUGGCUACUGAACUGAAUUUGAAUAUGCGAAGUGAUGGUUAUGUCAAAGUUGAAGAUUUGCUGAAGCUGAAUAUGAAAGCAUUUGCUAAUAUCCCUUUAAGGUCACAAACUGUUGAUGAUAUCAAAGAGGCUGUCAGAAAAGAUAAUAAGCAACGUUUUAGCCUUCUUGAGGAAAAUGGGGAGCUUCAGAUUCGUGCAAACCAAGGCCACACCGUCAUGCUGAUGAAGUGCAAUGUAAGAACAUCAUGUCUCUUAGAUUUAUGGACUUCCUUUAUGCCUUUUAUUUUGCAUCAUCCUCUUGAUUUUCCUUGAGAUGAUAGUUUGCGUACAUGGAACCGAUAAGAGGAAUUUGGAAUCAAUUUUGGAGUCAGGUCUGAAGCGCAUGAAAAGAUUGCAUGUUCACUUCUCAAGUGGCUUGCUGACUGAUGGUGAAGUGAUAAGUGGUAUGGGACGAGAUGUUACCGUUUUGAUCUAUCUUGAUGUUAGAAAAGCUUUGGAAAGUAAGCAUGCUUGCUUCUUUCAAGUUUCAGUCCGGUGAUGAUUCUAUGAACCGAAGCAAUAACUGCAAGUCAUGUCUUUCUCACUUUUCUUUAAGAGUCGUGGCCGAACAUAUAUUGAUCUGUUCUUGCCAAACUACGGUUCUUAAGUUGUCUUCGCUUGUUUUCUUGAUGACUGCAGAAGGCAUGAAGCUUUACAUUUCAGACAACAAAGCGAUAUUGACUGAGGGUUUUGAUGGGGUGGUAUCAUGAUCGUGUUGUGUUUUUGUUUCAUAAUUGCGUUUGAGGUAUUCAAGAAGGUAUCCAGCAGGUCAUGGAGGAAAAUGAAGAUUCUUCUAAAGCACAGCAAGAAGGUAGUACUGAUAAAAAUUCAACUUGAUGGCUGAUAAGUGCAUAAUCGGAGAUGCAUGUGAGUAUUUCUCCAGCAUACCUAUUGUAGAUACAAGUUUAGAGAUUUGGUGGAGCUGGGCUGGCCUGAAAUCACAAGAAUGAUACAUGUCCUGAGAAUUUUCCUGUAUUGAGAAAGUGACCUUUAGAAACUACAAAUAUAAUUGGUAUCUCUAUUGACAAUGUUGAUGCCCUUUUCCUAUUUAUAUGCAUAUAUAUAUUAAUGAAUUUUGGUCUUCCUGGUAUUCUAGCUGAUAGUUUAUUCUUAAUGGAACUUUGGAUAUGUGGUAAAUAUUUUCGUUUUGUGGAGUAAAUUUUGGUACAGAAAUUGCAUAUUAGUCCAACAUCAUCUGUGUAUUCAAUUGAAUGUGUUUUUCGUAUUUUAAGGAUAUUGCUUAUGGAUUCCUCAAUGAAGAUAUCUUUCAAUCGCUGCAUUAGAGAUGGAGAUUUGAUUAUUGUAUAUGAGAGGCAUGAUACUAUGAAAGCUGUUAAAGUGUGCGAGAAUUUGGUUCUUCAAAAUCGUGUCGGUGUAUUUAAACAUUCAGAUUGGAUCGGGAAGCCAUUUGGUUCCAUAAUUUUCAGCAACAAAGGUGGAUUCGUUUACCUAUUGGCUCUGACACCGGAGUUAUGGACUUUGGUUCUAAGUCAUAGGACUCAGAUUCUUUAUAUUGCGGAUAUUAGCUUUGUGAUUAUGUACUUGGAAGUAGUUCCUGGUUGUUUGGUUCUUGAAUCUGAGACCAGUAGUGGCUCCAACGGGACAUGUGUAUACCUUUGAUUUCCAUGAACAGAGGGCUGCCUCAGCUAGGAUUUAAAGAUUGUCUUAUUCCAAUCCACGGAUAUCCUUCUCGUAUCCCAUCGCGGAAUAAGCUAUUCAGGGGAUAUCCCGUUUAUAUCCCGUCCCGGUUCAGAAUUUCCCUGUCCGGGUCAGUUGUUUUAGUGUCCGGUUCAGAUUUUUUAUGCUUCUGGACCGGACUACCUGUAACACUUAUUCUAGGUAGGGAUAUCCCAUUCGUUGGUAUCCCGGUUUGGGGAUAUCCCAAAAAGGGAUAUCCCGGCCCAAGUAUAUCCCAUUCCAAGGAUAUCCCUACGUUGGUUUAAGAUUUUUUGAAGGAAAAUACUGGCUAUUAUUAAAAUACAAAAACACGAACCAUCAGGACUAAAAGACAGACCCCAAAACGAAAUCGGCCCAAAUUAUAACAAAAGCUUGGAAAAACAGGCCUAAUUUUAUCUGGGUCUAAAUACUAUUUAAGAAAAGAUUGAAUAUAACUUAGUCCGAUAUUUUUAAAAAAUAAAAUAAAAUUCAAACCAUUUUUAAAAUAAAUAAUAUAAAAACUCUUUCUUCCUUCAUCUCUCUCACGUUCGGUUCUCCGUUUAUUCUCUCCCUCUUUUUCCCCUUCUUCUACUAAUUUUCUUUUUCUCUCUUCCUCCUUUGUUGUCCUUUCUAACAAACCGCUGCCACUGCCGCUGCCGCCACACACUUUCUAGCGUCUUACCUCCGAUCAGGCCAGCUUCCUUCCCAUCAUUCGAAAUUUAAAUCCUCAAAUAUAACUAUCCAAUCCAUUGCUUCUCAUUCCUUCGGCGAUUCUCUCUCACUCUAGGUCUCUUUUCAACGUUUUCCUGUCAUUCUAUUUUAGCUUUGGGUAUCCACAGGCCAAAAACACAUACGCUAUAGUAGGAAGAGAGUUUUCGUGGGAGAGAAACCCUAUGUUUUCUCUGGCCCUCUCGUUUUUGUGAUUUUUGAAAUUCGUUGCUUCAACGAGACUCAUUUCAGUGGAAUUCAAAAGCGGAUAUCUUCAAGCCCCAAUGAUAUGAAAUUAAUAGUAUUUUCAUUCAUAAGGAUCAGCUUGGCAUACACGGAGUUGAAAGGAAUUUAUGAGGGUUUCCUGUUUUCUUAUUCAAAGAGUCACUGUUACGUUCCGUUGAAAUUAUGGAUCUCGAUGUGGGCUUCUGUUUUGGCGUUUGGGCCUGUGCCCUCCUUAUGUUUUGGCCUUUUGGGCUUUUAUCCCGCUUGGAGGCUGUCUGACCCUAUUUGCAAAUGCACACGUUUUUGUAACCGACGCCUGAAAGAAUUCAAGGACACACUAUACUGUGAUUUUCUCUGCCGUUUCUGUUUUUGGGUUCCCUUGCUUCAGGUUUAGAAAUCAACAGUAAAAAAAGUCUGUCAAUUACUUAAAUGGGAAGCAAAAAAUCUGAAAUAGUUGGCAGUAAAUGACCACCUUAUUCCCAUAUUCUGUCCUAUUUUUCCUAUAUUUCUAACGUUCCUUUCUCCCUUUUUAGCUACUUUUUUUCCCUUCUUUACGAAUAUUUUCCUUCUCUCUUGUUUUUUCGUAACUCAGUCUCAUUUCCUGUGUUACUUCAAUCUAUAGCUCUCCCAUUCAUUCGCCGUCUCUAUCUCUCUCUCAAUACCCUUUCAAUUUUUUCCUCAAAUUUUUUUAGCUUCGGAUAACCAAAUUCCGUUUUUUGUUUUAUUUUUUUUGCUGUUUCUUUUCUUUUUGUAAUUUUUGAAACACCCUACAUCAUCGGAGAUUGAUUUCAGGGAUUUCAUUUUUUUAACAAUAAUAGUUUUUUACCAAUGUCUAGGUUUUAUUAUCUAUUUAAAACUAAUUGACCCGACGUACAUAAAUCAAUGUAAUCCGAUGUUCUGCCUUCGAAAGAUGAAAAUGUACAAUUGGUAGCACUGUUAUAUUCCCUCCCUAUAUAUAACAAAACCAAUUACCGUACCCCUCUAAA